AUGUUCCACGGCAUCCGCGGACAGCAGCCGUCCUUCAUCCCGACCUCCUCUCUCUUAUCCUCUCCUUCCGACUCGCUCCUUCUGUCACCGCUCGCUUUGCUCGAGAUUGCCAUCAUGUUUCGCGGCUGGACCCCACGCUCCUCGAAUGCAGACGAGUCGACGCCCCGAGUCACGUACAGCGACAUCGAGCACAAACUCAACAACCUUGGGAAGCGGCUCUGGCCCGCCGGCGACUCGCCCAACGAAAAGGCGGAAAGGAGGCUGAUGGACUGGGAUCUGCUUCGCAAGAACGUAUACUCGAGGGUUUGCAGCCGGACAGGACAGGAGGGCAGACGUGUCAUCCUUGACGAGCUGAACAGGCUUCUCAAGGCGGCCGGGCGCGAUGUUACCUACGCCAACCUUCCGUCUUUCUUCGGCCACUUUGCGACAGCGCGCAAAGCGACCAGCGGCAAUCACGAAGAGCGCGAAGUACUCGUCGAGUCCGACGGCACUGUCGUCGGCUAUCUCGAUACAAUCCACGACAUCGUGCAUGAGGACAAGGAGUACGACGACUAUGCCAAGCUUGAAAAGGGGGUGCGCGCGAUCUGGGUGAACGAGGAGAAGGAAAUCUGUCCCUUCUGGGGACUGAUGACCCAGACGGAGCGGCUCUCGGUUCUGAGCGAGCUCGACCAUGUCGUCUCCGCAAUCGAGCAGUUCAAUGCUCCGUUGGGCGUCGAUGAACGGCGCAAGCUUCUUCGCACCUCCUUGACCACCUUGCGCAAACAAAGUGACGAGUUCCGGAUGCGCAGGGUGCGCCCGCAGAUUUACGAGCACCACGGUGGAGCCCGCCACGACGUCUCGUAUUACGCGUCCCUCUCGCAUCCUCUCCUCGGCCAGCCCCUCUCCCCUCGCCGUGCUCGAAUCUACGGUCUGUGA